AUGUUUCUGUAUGCUCAACAUAUCAGUGGCAAACACAAAGUCUGUAAGUAUCACUACAAGAACCGUCUGUCUGACUUGGACCCUCACCUGUCUGGCUUGGUGUAUUUCUACCUGCUGGUUGCCUUCCUGCUGAUGGGACUUGUGGUUCAGACCAGCUCUCCCUGCCAGUGCCACAGUAACGGCUCCCUGUCAGAGGUGUGUCACCAGGAGACCGGCCAGUGCCAGUGCAGAGACCAUGUGGUCGGGAGACAGUGCGACGAGUGCAGGCCUAAUUGCUGGUGGAACGCCGAACAUCAGGAAUGCGUGCCCUGCCGCUGCAGCCCCCAGGGGGCUCUCUCGCAGCGCUGUGAUGUAGAGGGACGCUGCAUCUGCCGUCCCGGUCACGUGGGUCGGCGCUGUGACCUGCGCCGCCAAGGUUACGAGAGGAGAGAGACACGGCGGCCGGUGGAGCGCAUCCCUAUGGAGACCGUCCAGCAGAGAUGGGGGGGGGCAUCACGCACGGGGGGUUGUCCGAGGGGGGCGUACAGGCCCAAGACGGGGGCUCAAACCCACGGCAUCACCACGGGCGGCGUGUGCGUCCCGUGUCACUGCAACUCAUUUGGCUCCAAGUCGUUCGACUGCGACGAGUCCGGUCAGUGCCGCUGUCAGCCGGGCGUGAGCGGCCCUAAAUGUGACCGCUGCUCGCAGGGGUACUUCAACUUCCAGGAGGGAGGCUGCACACCGUGCCAGUGCAGCCACGUGGGGAAUAACUGCGACGCUAACACAGGCCAGUGCAUCUGCCCCCCCAACACCGUCGGAGAGAGGUGUGACCGCUGUGCCCCGAACCACUGGGGCCAUGACAUCACGACGGGCUGCAAGGAAUGUGGCUGCAGUGUGGUGGGUUCGGUGAACCAGCAGUGCAACAUCAACACUGGCUGCUGCUUCUGUCACGACGCCUUCAGAGGAGAGAAGUGUAAUGAAUGUCAGCUGGGAUACAGAGACUUCCCUCAGUGUGUCCGGUGUGAGUGCAAUUCUAUGGGAUCAGAAACCGAGACCUGCGACUUAGAAAGAGGAGUGUGCGCCUGCGAAGAUCGCACAGGGAGAUGCAGCUGCAAGGCCAACGUGAAGGGAGACAACUGUGACCGCUGUAAGCCAAACACGUUCGAUUUGUCGGUUCAAAACCCACUGGGCUGCAGCAGGUGUUACUGUUAUGGACUAACGCAGUCCUGCGCAGAGGCACAAGGACUGAUCAGGAUGUGGCUAACCCUCAAACCGGAGCAGACGGUGAUCCCUCUGGUGGAUAAGUCCAACAACGCAGAGACCAGGAGGGGGGUGAGCUUCCAGCACCCGGAGAUCCUCGCCCAUGCUGAGCUGGUCAGCUCCGCCCUCACCGAACCCUACUACUGGAGACUACCAGAGCAGUUCAGAGGAUCGAUGAUCACAGCUUACGGUGGCCAGCUGAAGUAUGCGGUCUACUAUGAGGCCAGAGAUGAAACCGGCCCCUCUUCAUACGAACCUCAAGUGAUCAUUCGAGGCGGGCCGAACCGAGACAAGACGAUGACACACCACAUACCAGGACUCCAGAUUGGUCAGCUCACACGCCAUGAGAUUGACAUGACAGAGCAUGAAUGGAAGCGUGCAGAUGGGCAUCCAAUGACACGUGAGGACUUCAUGGACGUCCUUUUCUAUGUGGAUUACAUCCUGAUUAAGGCUUCACAUGGCAACUCGAUGAGACACAGCCGUAUUUCAGAGAUUAGCUUGACAGUGGCCGAAGAGGGCAGGCCGACGGCGGAGAGCGGGCGAGCCCAUCAGAUAGAGCAAUGUGACUGUCCCACGGGGUACUCGGGGCUUUCCUGUGAGGAAUGUGCUGCUGGGUUCUACCGGUUGCGUGGAGCCAGCAGCGUUCUGGCGCCUGCUGCAGCAUCCAGAGUACCCACCGUGGUGGGCAUGGGCAGCUGUGUGCAGUGCCAAUGCAGUGGGCACUCUUCCACCUGUGACCCGGAGACGUCCAUAUGCCAGAACUGCCAGGACAACACGGAGGGCGACAGGUGUGAACGGUGCACUCCAGGCUUCUACGGUGUGGUCCGCGGUUUCCACAAUGACUGUAAGCCAUGCGCGUGCCCACUUCCCAAUCCAGAGAACAAUUUCAGCCCCACCUGUGUUUCCGAGGGGUUUGAUGACUACCGCUGCACAGCCUGUCCUGAAGGGUACGAGGGACAAUACUGUGAAAGGUGUGCCAGUGGUUAUCAUGGUAACCCCCGAAUGCCGGGCGGCCACUGUGAGGAGUGUAAGUGUUCUGUGUGGGGGGCACUCCCUGGACCAUGUGACCCUGUGACGGGCCAGUGCCGCUGCAGGGGCGGGACAACGGGGCGGUCGUGUGACCAAUGCAUGGAAAGGCAUGUGUGUGGACCAGCUGGGAUUACCUCCUGUGAUGAUGACUGCUCUGGUUUGCUGAUCAGUGACAUGGACCAACUCUAUCGCAUCAUCACUAAUGUCACCCUGACCACACCCCUUCCUCCUCCUUAUAAGGUCUUAUACCGCUUCGAAAAUAUGACCGAGGAACUCAAGCACAUGCUGUCCCCGCAGAAAGCUCCGGAGAGACUGCUGCAGCUGGCCGACUCCAACAUGGGCUCCCUGGUCACUGAGAUGGACCAGCUACACAACAGGGCCACUAAGGUCUCUGCUGACGGAGAGCAGGUCGACGACGAUGCUGAGAGAAUCCAUAAACGAGCCGAAGACCUUGAACACUUCAUUAAGGACACGUUGCUGGGAGCGAAAGCCCUCCAGUCCAAGGCUGCCGAGCUGAAUGAGACUCUGUCUCGGAGAGAUGGCGCACCAGAGAAGAGCUUGAAGGAGUUGAAGGAAGACAUCCAGGUCAUGCUAGCUGAGCUCCGAAAACGACAGCUGGGUGGGAAGAAGACCAUUGCAGAUGAGGAGAUGGGUUUAGCAGAGGAGUUGUUACAGAAAGUGAAGAGGUUGUUUGGAGACCCGCACCAGGCCACAGAGGACCUGAAAGCAGAGGUCUCAGGCAAGCUGUCGGACCACCAGGGGAAGCUCCAGGAGGCCCUGGAUUUACUGAACACUGCCCAAGGGAAGACCGGGGAGACCGAAUUACUGGCUGCCCAAAACCAGGCUAACCUCACUGCACUGGAGAGAAAACGUUCUGCAGUCAUGGGGGUGAAACAGGGAGCCCAGGAGGUCCUCGGAGAGGGAGAACAAUCACUGGCUGAGGCGAACCAGCUUUCUGACCAAAUCAACAAGGAGAUUGAGGAUUUGGAAGAAAUGGACAGAGAGCUAGGUCCUCUCCACGAUCAGCUGGACGAUAAAGUAAGCCACCUCACCAGUGGCUUGAGUGACGGAAGUCUGGCCAGUCACGUGCGGAAUGCAGAAGACCACGCCCAACAGCUCAACGAAUCUGCUAGCAUUCUGGACAAUAUUUUAGCCGAGGCGAAGAACCUGUCGUUCAACGCCACGGCAGCCUUCAAGGCCUACAGCAACAUAAAAGCCAACAUCGACGCCGCAGAGAAAGAGGCAAAGACGGCCAAGCAGAGAGCCACCGAGGCCCUGGCACUGGCCUCUGGUCCGGAAGUCCCGUUAAAGGAGGCAGCGAAAACUUCCCUCCAGAAGAGUUUCAGACUAGUAAAUCAAGCUAAACAACUUCAAAAUGAUGUCAAAGAGAAUGCAGCCAGUGUGGCGGGUCUGAAGGGCAGAGUUAAAGCCGCCAGAGACAAAAACAAAGACCUGCUCAAAGCCGUCAACGAAACCAUGGCAACGCUCAACGCCAUCCCCAAGGACACAGCCGCUAAGCUAGCAGCCACAAAGGCUGUUGCGGCUGACGCUAACGCAACAGCCAUAGACGUUCUGGAGCGGCUGGGGGAUUUGAACCUGCGUCUCCGUGGUCUGCAGGGGAACUACAGCGAGCUGGAGGACACUGUCAAUGCAGCCAAUCAGAUGAUCCAGGACCCUGAGAAAAACACUAUCAUCCACGCUGCAGGAGCUAAAGUGAAGGAUCUGGAGGACGAGGCUGACAGACUGUUGGAAAAGCUGCAGCCAAUCAAAAAGCUGCAGGACAAUCUGAGGCGGAACAUCUCGCAGAUUAAAGAGCUGAUCAACCAAGCGAGGAAACAAGCUAAUUCAAUUAAAGUGUCGGUGUCGUCAGGCGGUGACUGUCUCCGUAGUUACCGGCCGGAUAUCAGGAAAGGGAGGUACAACACCAUCGUCCUCCAUGUCAAAACUACCACUGCGGAUAACCUGCUCUUCUACCUUGGAUCUGCAAAAUACGUUGAUUUCCUAGCCUUAGAGAUGCGGAAAGGGAAGGUGAAUUUCCUCUGGGAUGUGGGUUCGGGUGUAGGGAGAGUCGAAUACCCCCACCUUACCAUUCACGAUGGGAAUUGGCACAGGAUUGAAGCUUCUCGUAAUGGAUUGAAUGGUACCAUAUCAGUCUACCCACUGGAAGGUCCUAUGGCUGGGAUGAUGCCGACCCCUGCCAGUGCCAACUCCCCCUCUGCCUUCACCAUCCUGGACGUGGACCAGAACGCCUACCUGUUUGUUGGAGGAAUACUGGGCACGGUCAAGAAGGCAGAUGCGGUGAAGACCACCACAUUCACAGGCUGUAUGGGGGAGACCUAUCUGGAUAACAAACCAAUUGGAUUGUGGAACUACAGAGAGAGACAUGGAGACUGCAAGGGAUGCGUAGAGAGUCCCCAGCGUUCAGACAGCGAGGGAACGGUGCAGUUGGACGGAGAGGGCUACUCCGCAGUGGGUCGGCCCACAAGGUGGAACCCCAACAUCUCCACCAUUACCUUCAAGUUCCGCAGCUUCUCCUCUGACGCCCUGCUCAUGUACCUGGCCACCGAUGACCUGAAGGACUUCAUGUCUCUGGAGCUGUCAGAAGGAAAGGUGAAGAUGACUUUUGAUCUCGGUUCAGGAGUUGGCACUGCCACGUCUGCCAGCCGCCACAAUGACGGGCGCUGGAAGUCUCUAACCAUGACCCGCAACAAGAAGCAAGCCACGGUGAACAUCGUGGACAUUGACAGCAGUGCUGAGGAGAAGAUGGUGGCAACGUCUCUGGGCUCUGCCACUGGUCUGAACCUAAAGGAAAACCAGAAGAUCUACUUCGGAGGACUCCCUAUCAUUGGAAACUACAGCAUGAAAGCCAGGUCUGAGGUUACGCUGAAGCGUUACGCGGGCUGUCUUCGAGACAUUGAAAUCUCCAGAACCCCGUAUAACCUCCUCAGUAGUUCAGAUUACACUGGGCUCACCAAAGGCUGUAAUGUGGAGAACCUCCACACCGUCAGCUUCUCAAAGCCUGGUUAUUUAGAGUUAGCCGGCUUGUCGUUAGCCAUCGGCACAGAGAUCAGCCUGUCGUUCAGCACCCUGGAGGACACAGGGACCAUCUUACUAGCGGUCGGCAGCGCCUCGGCACUGAGCCAGCAGGCCCAGAGCACUAAUCGGUUUAGCCCCAAGAGAAGACGCAGACAGUCAGGAGAACCUUACCUGUCCGUCAUGCUGAGUAAGGGCUCUCUGGAGGUCUUGGUGUUUACCGGCAGUCAUAGUCCACGUCGUGUCCUCAGAAGACCUGACCAAGGCAUACUGCAUGAUGGGAGAGAGCACUCUUUACGCAUAGAGAGACUGGCGGGCAGAGCCUUCGCCGUGCAGGUAGACGAAGAGGCAAAGAGGGAGGCGGCUCCCAAUGAUCAGCCAAUGAGCUUACAGCGUCUGUUCCUCGGCGGUAUUCCCUCUGAGGUCGAGCAGAGUUCCAACAGAGCCAACAUUCCUUUCCAAGGAUGCAUAUGGAACCUCAUGGUCAACGCCGUGCUGUCAGAUUUCUCCCAGCCCGUAUCCUUUGAGAACGCCGACAUCGGUCAAUGCCCCAACCUGGCCCCCCCUCCGCCUCCCCCCAUCCUGCCACUGGAGCCUGAGAAGGAGGAGGAGGAGGAAUCUAAACCCGAGCCCCCGCUAACCCCGGCCCCUGUCUCACCACCUCUAGGGGUUCCUACAGAAGCUGCUCCCCCUGCCAUCCCCACUCUGCCCACUGCUGUAGCCCCUCCCACCACUACCCUGGAGUCUGGCAUAGACACGGACUCCUGUGGGUCAGCCUCCGCUCCGGCGGUCCUGGAGAAGGCCUACCAGUUUGGCCUGACGAGAAACAGCCACAUGACCUUCGCCUUUGACGACGCCAAAGUCAGAGAGAGGCUGAUACUGGAGUUUGAGCUGAGAACCAAAGAGGAGUCGGGGCUUGUCCUGUACAUGGCGAGAAUCAACCACGCUGAUUUUGUUGUCAUACAGGUGAAGGAGGGUCAGGUGUGUCUGGGCUAUGAUCUGGGUCAUGGGAACACGUCGGGCUGCAUCCCCUUCUCUGUCAACGAUGGCAACUGGCACAAGGUCCGUAUGCUUCGGAACAAACAGAGAGGUCUGUUGUUGGUGGACAGGCGCUACACUAAACAGAUGACCAGUCCGAAAAAGGCUGACCUGCUGGAUGUAGUGGGAAACCUGUAUGUAGGCGGACUACCACUGAAUUACACCACCAAAAGAAUAGGACCGAUCGUCUACAGCGUGAACGGGUGUAUUCGCAACUUGAAAAUGACGGGCGGGGCUGUGAGUGGUAAAGCGGGCUCCACAGGUCAUUCUGAGGUCGGCACUGAGGACUUUAAACUGGACAUGGCUGCGCCCACCGCCAGUCAUAUGGUGGGAAGCUGCUUUGUCGACACCGAGUCAGGGACCUAUUUUGAUGGCACUGGCUACCUCAAAGCAGUCUCCUCCUACAGGGUGGGACUAGAUGUGACCAUCGCAUUGGACUUCAGAACCAGCAGAACUACUGGGGUUCUUUUGGCGAUCAGUAACCAGGCCAAUGACGGACUGGGACUGGAGAUUAACCAGGGCAAGCUCCUCUUCCACGUUGACAACGGAGCUGGUCGGAUCACGGCGGAGUAUGAGCCUGAGGGGGCGGGCUUCUGUGAUGGCCAGUGGCACUCUGUUACUGCCCACAAGCUACGCCAUAGGCUGGAGCUAGUGAUUGACGAGAAAAAGAGCCAAGCAGAAAGUCCCAACGCACGAUCCAACACCUGCGAUACCAACGACCCCAUCUACGUAGGGGGUUAUCCAGAUGGGGUUCGUCAGGUCGCUGUCUCAACCAGCACCUCCUUCAGAGGGUGUAUGAGGAACCUGAAGAUUACCAAGGCCGCUAAGGUCAUGACGGUUCAGUUCAACAAAGCUCUUGAGAUAAAGGGAGUCCAGCCUCUCUCCUGUCCUUCUGUAGCAGCUUAACCAACACCUUACUCCUAAUAUAUUCCCAUCCAGCAGGGCCGGGAUUCAGAGUUCGCCAAAGUUUCUAGAUAUAUCUGUUUUUUGUUUUUUUUACCAUUUUUCCUCAACAACAGAAAACUCCUCACACAGAAGAUAGUUAUGAAAAGUAUAAGAAUUAAUUAGCACACUUCAAGUGCUUCCACUGACUGUGUAUACAAUAUUAAAUAUUCAAAUGAGGCUGUAUUCAUCUGUAUUGAAGAACUGAUGUCUACUAGUGUGUGGCGUUCUGAAUCAGGAACAUGUGGACGCCUCAUUGUGCUCACCCCAUGUCGUGUGCAAAAGCCUUGAGCUCAGAGAAAAGAUUCAAAAUUAUUAUUUUUGGGGAUAUGUGUGCCAUCAUGUAAGAGUAUUUAUGUAAGAUCAGCUUGGUGUAUUGUGAAGUGCCACUAUCAGUGACAGAUCUGGCAGGUCUGUUGUCAAACGUCUGUCACACACAUGAAUCUCUUAAUCACAGCUGGUGUUGAGUUACUUCUGUCUGUCCGGAUAGUUGUGUAUAAGCAAGGCUCGGCGUUUUCACCAAAAAAAUACCCAGACUUUUUAAAAGGAGCAGGUCGGUUUAAACUGAUUUUCACCCAGAUUUUAUGUUUCCACGGAUCCAAAAGUUGUUCCUGUUCGUGUGAGGUUAUGUAACAGUGUCCUCUUGUGGCGAAAUUCGGCAUGCUGGAUGGCUUUGAAUAAUAAAAACCGAAAACGCUGAGCCUUGAGUAUAAGUGUAUAACUGGGGCUUUUCUGACUGCAUGGCCGGUUUAGCCAGAGGACGGUACAGAUCUGUCCUUGUGUUCCUUCUUCUUUGCAUCUGUUUCUGUCGGCCUUCAUCCCAACCAGUACGUGUCCUCUAUAAUUCCUUUUACCCUAGUCCACAAAGACUCAGUUUUUCCGUCUCCUGAACCCUUACGAGGUACUGUGUUAUCAGGGGAAUGAGUUUGUCAUCACCGCCAAAUCCUCUUCAAGUUGGAGCUGGUUUUUAUUUUGACUUCAGGUCUCACACGGCUGUUGCAGUGUCUGUUGUAUGGUGUGGUUGAAGAUAUGUUAUCCUCACUUUCUGCAAAUAUAAUUCUC